AUGUGGAAUGGCGGGAGUGGGAGAGUUGCCCUCCCACUCCUUCCACUAUUCAUUCUCAUUCACACACGAUUUCAUACAGUUCUCGGUCGAGCGGUGAUCUCCGACGAUAGCCUUGUGCGAACAAAUUUAGAUGAAGAUGAAGAUGAAGAUGAAGAUGAAGAUGAAGAUGAAGAUGAAGAUGAAGAUGAAGAUGAAGAUGAAGAUGAAGAUGAAGAUGAAGAUGAAGAUGAAGAUGAAGAUGAAGAUGAAGAUGAAGAUGAAGAUGAAGAUGAAGAUGAAGAUGAAGAUGAAGAUAAUUUCGAUGGAGUUCACAUGAGCGUUUUCCUUGGGAUCCCUUAUGCAAGACCUCCAGUUGAAUCGAGGAGAUUUGGGAUACCGGAGAAAGUUCCGGCUUGGAGUGGUGAAUUCGAGGCCAAGCACCCGGCGAAGACUUGUUUCUACACAGUCGACAAGAUGUUUCCCGAUUUCCCAGGCGCCGAGAUGUGGAAUCCACCGCCAACGAGUCCCCUGUCGGAGGAUUGUCUCAGCUUGAAUGUCUGGGUGCCGCCGAAGCACGAUGGAUCGGUGUUGGUGUGGAUUUAUGGGGGAGGGUUUUUCUCGGGCUCCCCCAGCCUUGACCUUUACGACGGAUCGGUGCUCGCCGCUAAGUACAACAAAAUUGUCGUCAACAUCAAUUAUCGACUCGGUCCCUUCGGUUUUCUCUACUUGGGCGGUGACUCGGAGAUCCCCGGCAAUAUGGGACUUCUCGAUCAGCAAAUCGCUUUAGAAUGGAUCCAUCAAAAUAUCGGCUCUUUUGGCGGUGAUGCCACCCGGGUGACGCUUUUCGGUGAAAGUGCUGGCGCUGCCUCUGUGACAGCUCAUCUCAUUGCUCCACAAUCGCAUCGAUAUUUCUCGAAAAUCAUUGCCAAGAGUGGAGCUAUCACAAACUCAUGGGCAACGCGAAGCAAGGAAACUUUAUUGGAGACGUCUCUUCAAUUAGCACGAUUGGUUAAUUGCACUGGAUCCACACAGAUUGACAAGAAAGUUGUGGCGAAAUGUUUGCGCAACACGUCGCCAAAGCUUUUACAAGAAGCCGCUGAUCAAAUCACAAAUGACAUCAAUUUGCCAAUGACUUUUGCUUUUUCACCAGUCGAUGAUGAGCCUAAUUUUUUCAAGGGAAAUCUCUGGGAACGGUUGCGGCGUCGGGACUUUAAAAAAGACGUGUCGGUCUUGAUGGGCACUGUGGCAGACGAGGGAACGUAUUGGCUACCGUAUUUUUCCGAGGAUCCGCAAAAUAAAGCAAGAAUUGAUAGAGUGCAAUACAAGAACUCGAUCGACGCCUUUUUGCCAUAUUUCGGGAACUCAGCUCUCGUGCAGCACUCGCUCAUGCACGCCUACAAUGAUGUUUCGCAGAGUGACAAUGAAAU